AUGAAACGCACAGGCCACGGACGGGAUCCCUUGUCUCCAACACACUCCUGCCCGUUAUGCGGCGUCCCCCUCUACCCCGACGCUCUCUCUGGUGAUCACAUCCCCCCCAGGGCCCCCUUCAACGCCCCACCCGCGCCAUGGCCCACCGAUCGCCGCCCAUGGUCCACCGAGGUGCGAGCGCUCGUCGCGCAGGAUGUCGAGCGCGGAAAUAUUUUCCUGGCGGGUGUCGGCGUCGCCACCGUCCACUUGUGUGUCAAGGUGCCCCUUAAGAAGAGUCAAUCUUACCGGGACGAUCCGCCAUUGGAAAGACUGUACCUCAAUGAACUCCCGUACCAUCCAGGGCCGGUGGUUAUAGCCUUUCAUGAUGCGUGCUGGAGGAUUCUGUUAAACCAGCUCAAGGGAUCCGUCGCCGAGGGGGAUAUUAUCGCAUUGGUCUUCCAUCAGCUUCAUGAAGCAAAUCGAACUUGGCAGCAGCCCGACCUAGGCCUUGACUACGGCCAGACAUUUGAAACGCGCGAAGCGGCGGAGCGAGCUGAUCCAUUUGAGAUUCGCUCGCUGGAAGAAAUUGAACGUGCUGUCCCAUCAACACUAACGUGGUUGACCAAAGACCACGAAGAAUGGACAGCAGCACAAACCAGCGAUCCAUUUCACAAGCUCUCUACAGAAGUGCUUCAUGAGGUACUCUCCUAUCUUUCCGUCAACCAGCUUUCCUCGGUGCGUCUUGCAAGCCAGAGGUUACUCUCGGCCACUAAAUCUCUCCCGCAAUCAUACUGGCGACGCCAAUUUGCCCUGGGUCAUCCGGGCGACUUUCUCGCCGCUGACCUUCGUGUUGCCAGAGACUGGCGUAGAUUGUACUUUGGCGUCCAAUUCCUUCUCCGCGAGGGCUGCCCAACGCUGGCAAACCGGCACAGGAUCCGCAACGUCAUUGAACCGAUCGCGGCAACCGUUCAAGUAGCCUCAAUGUUACCGGAUCAACCUUAUGGUAUAUUAGUUCGCCCAUUAGAUCCCCAGAAUAUUCCGUACCGGCCUAAGGAGUUUCAACUUGAUGGGGCACUUCUGCACGACCUUCCGCCGUUCGUGCAGCCCGUUCGUUCUCUGAUCGCUGAACGCGCAGGGGAGGAUUUCCGGAUCCUCUUCCAUCGAGUCCUUGUUUUCAAUUCGGCAUUUCAUUCGCAGGGGGGUCGGUUAGGUGUCACCCUGGUGCAGAUUGGAACGAGACGGUACAUUUCCGGCGUCAAACUCUUCACCCCAGAGGAAGACGACACGAACGCACAGCAAAUCGGAUUUCCUAUGCCAAUGGAGGCGUCCAUGCAUAUACCAUCAAAUUCGUCCCUUCAAGCAGUCGAAGUCGCCUUUCGACCUGAGGGGCUCAUGGGUGUUAGAUUCAUAUUCAAGAACAGCGCCAAUUCACCCUGGUUCGGGCAGCACAGCGGCGAGGGUAUUACGCGCGGCAUUCUGGACGUCCCAGUAGGACAGGCCCAUUGCAGUCUGCUGCUAGGCUUUGAUAGAUUCAAAAUCGUCUCGCUUGGAUUUAACUUGUUCUCAAACAGCCCUCCCCCAGAAGAUCAUCCCGCUCACCUUGAAGCCCCUGAAGCGCUCGACAUCCAAAACUACCUGUGGACGCCACACCCUCCCCUCCAUGAAGACACCACCUUUGGCCCUAUACUGCCAGCCAUGUACGAUAAGGGUUUCGGACCUUUGAAUGGACCCUUAUGCAACAUCGACUUCGGUGGCCCUGGUGGCCAUCUCCUGAGUAAGCUGACUAGAAUGGUCUUCUAUAUGGAGAGUAUGGCGAGGCCGUUUAGUGGUGUGGAGUGUCAGUAUCUGGACCAGACGACGCGACGCUUUGGGACUACUACAAAGGGAGCAGCCUGUGAGAUUUCAUUUCUGAUUGACGGGCCGGCCGGGGAGCGUAUCAGCCACGUGAAUCUGUUGGUUUCUCCGAGGAUUGGGAUGGCUGGACUGCAGCUCUCAACGAACCAUCGUCGCAGCGCUUUCUUCGGCACGAUUCAGAGCCGUCUUGAGUCUGGUGCAAUAAGCCUACCCGAGAUACCCGAUGGCGAGGUCAUAACGGGAUUUGUGGCAUCGAGGCCGCCCGUCCGGCUUCGCUCGCAUCGGCAUCCAGAGCCAACGACUGUACCAGAGCGAGCCCGCCACUACACCACCGAACAACAUCCUCUACAGACCCUACCCAUCCCACUAGAGGAGGAAGCGCAGCUCAAGAGUAGAAUAAGGUCGUUUGUUAGUGGAAGAAUCGAUUACACAUACCACACGCACGCCCCGCUGGCUGCAUUGAAGAUGAUCACAGCGUCAAUCGGUAUACCCGGGCGAUCCCGCUCUGAGAAGGCCAUUUGCGGGAUGAAGCUUGAGUAUCAUGAUAAUACCCCGACUGUUAUACUGGGACAGUGGUUUCAGGAGCAUACCGCGUAUGAUGUUUUGACCGGGGAAACAGUUCGAUCGCUUGUUGUUUAUUAUCGGCAUAGCACCGAGGAGAAAAAGCUUAAUGGCGUUUAUAAGCCCACGAGAAAGACGACGGUUGAAGGCAUCCGCAUCGAGACCAGCACGUCCCGGGGUCUCAUAUUUACUGCACCUGGUGCGGACCUCGCGAGCCUUGAAGAGCGCCAGGCCCACUUUUGGCAGCCCCAUGCGGCAGAGGAACAUGGGGUACAUGAUCCUGCCACGCUUGCCUGGGAGUUGAAUGCUGACACGGACGCACUCCGCGCAACCUGCCCUUCAUGUACGCCGGAGACGACGAGAUACCGUCCGUCUCCUGAGCUUCUGGCUAGCACGUCCCGACCACGCGUCAUUCAAGGUAUGAAUUUUUGA